UAACGUUAUGGUCGGUUAUUAAUCGAUUACAUCAGCGAACACUCGAAAUCUCCGUCAUCUUCGUUCGCCGUGCUGUUAAUAAUGUCAAAUUGAUUAUGGCGGACGAUUUUGACAUUGAAGCGUUGCUUGAAGCACCGUAUAACAAAAAAGAGCCAGAAGCUCCGCCUAAAGAGAGUAACGGCACUGAGGAAAAAUCACGUAAAGACAAGUCUCAUAAGAGUAGUCAUCGUACUAGGUCUCGGUCACGGGAUAAGUCCCGUAAACGUAGUCGGUCUAAAGAGCGUAAACAUCGUCGAAAAAGUCGUUCUAGAGAUAGACAUCGUAGUCGUUCCAGAGACCGACAUUCUCGUCGACGGUCUAAAGAUAAGCGAAGUCGUACACGGUCUCCAGUCAAACUACCUAAGUAUGGACCACCCUUACCUCCUCCUCGUUAUGGUAGGAAACAAUCACCUCUAGCCUCUAAAGUACCUCCAGCGAGUAUGCUUACUCCUGAAGAAAGAGAUGCUAGGACCGUGUUUUGUAUGCAACUUUCGAAAACCAUUAGAGCUAGAGAUUUAGAAGAAUUUUUUUCGUCUGUUGGCAAAGUCAGGGAUGUUAGAAUGAUAACUUGUAAUAAAACACGUCGGUUUAAGGGUAUUGCUUACAUAGAAUUUAAAGAUCCUGAAUCGGUUCCACUUGCUAUGGGUCUAAAUGGUCAAAAGCUUUUAGGUGUUCCUAUUGUGGUUCAACCGACUCAAGCCGAAAAAAAUCGAAUGGCUAAUUCUUUACCUAAUAUGGUUCAGCGUACUCAUUAUGGACCCAUGAAAUUAUACGUUGGUUCAUUACAUUAUAAUAUCACUGAAGAUAUGCUAAGAGGUAUAUUUGAACCUUUUGGACAUGUUGAUAACAUACAAUUAAUGAUGGACACUGAAACUGGCCGUUCCAAGGGUUAUGGAUUUUUGACCUAUCGUAAUGCAGAAGAUGCAAAGAAAGCCCUUGAACAUUUAAAUGGAUUUGAAAUAGCUGGACGACCCAUGAAAGUUGGUCAUGUGACUGAAAAUCAUUCUAUGUAUGACAAAACAGCUUUUGAAGUUGAUGAGUUAGAUAGGGCUGGUUAUGAUUUAGGAGCUACAGGUAGACUACAAUUAAUGUAUAAAUUAGCUGAAGGUACUGGAUUUCCAAUUCCUCAAGCUGCUGCUAAUGCACUUCAAGUGGCUACUGGAGUAACUCCUGCUGCACCUGCAGUCCAGGUGACUCCUCCAAUCGCCACCCAGUGUUUCUUAUUAGCAAAUAUGUUUGAUCCAAACAAAGAAGAUGUUGAUAGCAAUACUACAUGGGAAAAUGAAAUUAGAGAUGAUGUUAUUGAGGAAUGUAACAAACAUGGAGGUGUUUUACAUGUGUAUGUUGAUAAAGCAUCUCCACAAGGCAAUGUGUAUGUCAAAUGUACAACAAUUGAAACUGCGCUUGCAUCUGUAGCAGCUUUACAUGGACGAUGGUUUGGAGGACGUGUUAUCACUGCAGCCUAUGUGCCUUUAGCAAACUAUCACAAUUUGUUUCCAGAAGCUUCUUCACUUACCAAACUGUUGGUAUCAUCAAGAAAUAAAAAUUAACAAUUUUUUCAUAUAGUUAAAUUAUUUUAUUUUUUUAAACUUUCAAUUGACUUAAUGAUAUAUAUGUUAACAUAAUAAUCUAAAAUUAGAACUUCGGAAGAAUAUAUUUUUUAAUCAACCUUUUCUUAGGUAGAAAAUGAAUGUUUGCUUAUAUUAUACAAAUAGUGAUUGAAAUUAAGUUGUAGAAUUUACAUCAUUCUCUUAAAUUUCAUGUUUUUUCCACUGUUUUUUUUUUUUUUCUAAAAUCACAUUUUUUUCAUCUGUUAGUCAUCAGAUUAUAAUUUUUUUUUCCUGACAUUACCAUGUUAAAUAUUUUUUUAGUGAACAAUAAAUGUCAAAUAAUCUUAUA